GGAGAAAAGUAGCAAUCUUAUAAAACUCUCCUUUUCGCCUUUCCCAUUCAAUAUCAAUCACCUAACGACACUCUCUCCCCCCCUUUUGGGUUCCUGAAGAGACUUUCCUCCGCCUCCUCUCCCCUCACUUUCCCCUCCCGAAAGGAGAGAAAACGGCCACUUCUUCCCGCUCAGCAGCGUCGCCGUCGUCGCCUCGCAAGCCACGCCCCCGCGAAGCCACGCCCUCAUGCUGCUCCACUCCCCCCCCCCGAGCCAGCCUGGGCCGAGUCCCCGAGCUCACCUGGAUGGGGGUCCCCGGGGCCCACGCCUGCCCUGGGUCCGGCCUGGGGGCAAGCGGGGGUCCGCCUGAGGGCUUUCACGCGCCGAGAGCGGCGCCGUUGCCCUGGCAAGGCUUAAAUGCCCCCUUUCGGGGCCUGGGCCCGCCCUGUGCGCGAAAAGGCCGCGCUAGCCCGACACGGGAGCCUCUGCUCUGUCAGGAAGCGCCCAACCCAGGCCCAGCUAGGAGGAGGAGGACGACGACGACGAGCCCGCCUUCCUGCGUCCCGCCCGCCAACGCCACAGGGGCUCACAGACAGUCACACACACACGCACGCAAACGGUGGUCGCCCUCCGCCUCGGGUCCAAGUCAGCCGUGUGUUGAUCUCUCCAGGCCACCAUGCCCAAGGCCAGUGAUCACAAGGACAAGAAGACACCCACUGACGAUGAGGCGCUUGCUGACUUUACUAUUCAAACCCGCAAGAGGAAAGCUGAUGUUGCAACUUUUUUACAGGAUCCAGAUGAAGAAAUUUCCAAUAUAGAAAUGACCAGGAAGAAACAGAAUGAAAGUCAGCCAUUUUCAAACUAUGCUGUGUGCACACAUCCCCAUAUGCUGAUCCCCACACCAGACAAAGACGAUGAGCUGGGGAGCCCAAAGUUCACUCCUUUCAUGCACCAAAGCCUUGCUUCAUCUAGAGAGUCACCACUGCCUGUUUUGGGCUGGGCAAAUAGGGAUGAAGUAUGGAAAAACAUGAUAAAGAAAGAACAUGCAUAUGCGAGGGAUAAACUAUAUAUGCAAAGGCACCCACUCUUGCAACCUAAAAUGCGGGUGAUUCUCCUAGACUGGCUAAUGGAGGUUUGUGAGGUCUACAAGCUUCAUAGAGAGACAUAUUAUUUGGCGCAAGAUUUCUUUGAUCGGUUCAUGGCAACUCAACAGAACAUCGUAAAGACACUUCUGCAACUUAUUGGGAUUUCAUCUUUAUUCAUAGCUGCAAAGCUUGAGGAAAUCUAUCCUCCAAAGCUGCAUCAGUUUGCAUAUGUUACAGACGGGGCUUGUACUGAAGAAGAAAUUCUUAGUAUGGAACUCAUCGUUAUGAAGGCACUCAAUUGGAAUCUGAGUCCUCUCACAGUUGUGUCCUGGCUAAACAUAUACAUGCAGGUUGCUUAUCUAAAUGAGAUCUAUCAGGUGCUAUUACCACAAUAUCCCCAAGAUAUAUUUGUGCAAAUAGCUGAGCUUUUGGAUCUCUGCGUGCUGGAUGCUGGCUCUUUGGAAUAUACCUACGGCGUUUUAGCUGCUUCUGCUUUAUAUCACUUUUCCUCUUGUGAGUUGAUGCAGAAGGUUUCAGGUUAUGAGUUGUGUGAUAUACGGGAGUGUGUGAAAUGGAUGGUUCCCUUUGCUGUGGCUAUCAGGGAGGUGGGGAGCUCGCCACUCAAACACUUCAGAGGCAUCCCUUCCGAAGAUUUGCACAAUAUACAAACGCACAUAAACACCUUUGAUUUGCUGGACAAAGUUCAAGUAAAACAAGCCGCACUGGCUGAGAAGAACAGGAGUUCUCCUUUACCCACAGGUGUCCUCACCCCACCUCAGAGCAGUAAGAAAUUGUCCUUCACAUCCAAACAGCUGUAACUUUGCAAGCUGCUCAACCUGAAGACCUCUUGGCUGAAGUGCCUUUUCAAUUCUUGAUUCUUCACUGUGAGAUGCUGCCAAUGACUGACUGACCUAACCGUCCUACGCAUUCUAGAAAGGAAAGUCUUCACUUUUAUUAUGAUGGAAGAAACUUGCAUUAUUUUUAUUGGACACUUUUUAAAAAAUUAACUGAUCGAGUACACCAGCCACCCAAAACAACAAGCAUUUGCUUGGAUUGCUGCUAAGGAGGGUGAUACUUGAUAUGCUGACUUGGAGAGGUGGUGGGAAGAGAAGGGGCUCUGCCUUCUGCACUUCUGGGGCUCUAAACAUGCUCUAGUUGGAGCUAGCUGUAGAAGGCAAGCUUCUUAGACUUCCUAGUUUACAACUUGAUCCUUUUAAAGAAAAACCCUUUGUAUAAAUGCUCUUAUGUGUUUUAAUUUUUAAAUAAACUAUUAUCAGCUGCAUCUUAUGCAGUGUUGUGUUCAUAUGUAAUCGGUCUUGAAGGUGGAGGACAGAAUGGUAGCUAACUGUUUCGGAAGUAAAACAUUUAAAAAGGAAAACACUUGGUGCUAUCAGUAUUACAUGCUGCUUUACAGAAUUCAAGGUUGUAUGUUUCUCCCAUUCACAGCUAAUGGCAGCUCUGGGGGAGGUGAAUUAUUUGGAUCAGAGCUGUAAUGGGGAGGGUGGACUCUCCCCAUCCAUAAAGGGUAGGGCUCCAGACUCUCUCCACCUCCUCCAGUGAGGAAUACGUUUUUUAUCUCCAACAUUAGAACUUGGCAAUCAAUGUUCUCAAGAUGCCUUGUAAGGUUAUAAUGCAAAAACUGCAUGUUUUCCCAAUUUAGAUAGUUCUUUAAAACUGGAAUGUCUAUGCCAUUUGUGUCUUACAAAUAUCAGACUUUCAGAAGGUGACUGUAAAUUGGACAGUAAUAGAAUGAGCAUAAAUGUCAAAUUUGUAAGUGGAAAGCUGACAACUUGAUUGUUUUAUUACCAAUUAGCAGGAGCUAUGCAAAAGACAGGGGUUGUGUUAUCUUCAAAUUCACAUAAAAUCCUAUUAGACUAUAGUUCAGAUGCUGCUGCCUUAAUUGCCAAUGGCCUGUUGUUUCCCUGAAGACGUUUGGGAAACACCAUAGCUCUGGUUUUGUUGCUUAAUUUUAAGCCUGUUCACAUGGAGGGUCCAGUUCGCCAGCUCCUUGGCCUGGAAAGUCCCAUUUAAAUGAUUACAAGUCAUCCUAAAACACAUGUGAUUAAUAGCAUAUAUUGGUUCAAUUUUAGUCCUUGGCAUUGCAGCACCAUUCACUACUGUAGGGAAUCCUUGUGUGUGUGUGUGCAUGCGUGUGCUCUUAAAGACCUGCAAUAUUUUUCUGCCUUUUGUGUAACCUAAAUCGGCCCUGGCAAUUGUUGUGGAAAGGAUAUAUUUCUCGGCGCCUUUUCUGGAUAUGUGUCUUACCUGCAGGGAAGAUGUAUAAACUGAUUGCUGAAACAGUAGCUUUGUGUAUUACAUGGCAGCCAAUGCAUGUCUGCCAUCAACUCUGCAUGUAUUAUGCAGGAGUUGCAUCUGAUCCCAACUCUGUUGCGAUGGUGCCUGUAUAACACUGUCCGCAAACGCAUUUGCCCCAUCAGCUUCUUCAUUGCAUGUAUGUUCCAGCUAUUGUCUGCAGAGAUCACAAUUGUAUGUUUCCUAAGUGGUCUCCCAUCCAGGUAGCUUACAGGGCCAGACUUUAUUAGUCCAAUCACAUCAUGGGUCUUUCAACCAGGAAUGGGGAACCUUGGGCCUGGGGACUGAAUGCAGUCCUCCAGGCAUCUGUCUGGCCCCUGAGACUCACCCCAGGCUACACACCCUUCCCCAGCCACUCUCUUCACCAGCCCUGCUUUGACCCCUGAAGUGUGUUUACCUGUUUAGAAUGCAUCUUUGAACUCUGCUAAUGCUUCUUCCUUUCCUGGAUGGAGGAUAGAGAACAAUGUGUGAGUAAAUUAACAUUCGUUGCUCCAGUCACCUUUGUGCCUGGCCCUGCCUAGCACUGGAAUGUGGCCCUCAGUAGGUAGCCUAGAAGGGAAUGCAUCCCUCAAGCUGAAAAAAGUUCCCCACCCCUGCUUUAAAACUAUUUUCUUUGUGUUGAUACAAGUCACAUUUUUUAAGGAUAAACUCUUUGAUAUGUGUUUUGCUCUGGCCCUUUUGUCCACGCAGUGAUACACCCCUGUCCCUACAUUUCUGAAUCCCAUACUGUGAGGGUUGUAGGCAUAGGCUCUGUUCCUUUCUGAACUGCAGCAGCUGAAAUCUCUUAAAGUGUGCGGGAGAAGACGAACUAUGUAUAGCCUUGGCUGGGAAUUACAUGCUGGCUGCUAUGCUGGUGGCAGCCAAGCAGUUUUAUGUCUUCAAAAACUGAGAGAUAGCUACAGCUGCUCUCUGCAAUGUUUACAGAAUGAUCCAUAACCUAGUUAAACAAGUUUAGGUACUGCGGACAUUUUCUGGCAUGGGUUAAAUAGAAAGUGAAGGUAUUUUAAGCCUCUAUGUGACAUCACUGAACCAGUAAAUAACUGUAGACAUUUGGUUAAAAAAAUAAAACAUGUAAACUUU